GGGCGUGGAACUUGAAUCUACUAGUACCAGCCACGGGCGCUCCCACAUAUACAUUUGAAGAAGUUCUAACAGAAGACAGGAGUGUUUUUACCAAUAAUGCACUAUAACGUUGGAUGCUGAUAAACCCCACCCCAGAAGAAGAAGAGUGCGAGUUGUUGAUAGAUAUCGGUUAGGGAUAUCCAUGUGUUCAGCUGAUCUGCCGGAUGUGAAAGAGAAAGGAGCGGGGCAGACUUUCUUUCAAUGUGCUGGGACGGAUAGAACUGACACAACAUGGAUAACGCCUAUGAAAAUGCCAGAUCAAGAGAAUGGAGCUAUGGUGAUGGAUACAGCCGCCAUAAUAUGGCUCAGUGGCAAAGUGCUCUCCCUGCUGGUGAAAGACAGUACCUCACCCAACAGGAAAGGGAACGACAGUGGCUGAACCAUGAGAAAGAAGCUGCCAUACGGGCCCACUACAACUCCCUUAGACAAAACUCUCCAAUGGACUUCCGUGGACAUGGGGCACAAGCGACCCAGCCGCCGCAUCUGUAUCAUCAGGACCAUCACAGAAUGGCUCCGAGUCAGAACAUAAGGGAUUGGCCAAAUCUCUAUGGACCCCUGAGAGGCCAGGCAUCCCCUAAUGUAACCUUACACCGCAGUGGAGAGAUAACAGAAACAUGGGCUAAGCAUGAACCCCACUUCCCCAGCUAUGAGUUUUUACCCCCACUCAUUGUCGAAAGAGGGCAUGAGGAUAUAACCCAUCACCAUAAAGCUGACCGGGAUUAUAUGGUUGGUCGGAUAGUGAAUCAUAACAAUCUCCAUUGCUUGGAAAGCAAAUGGCAGAUGUUAGAUCCCACCCAUUCAAAUGGACAUGCUAGAGGACAUUUUAAUGAACAUUCAAGGGGACAUUCUAAUUCCUAUUCCAGGAUUCAUUCUACUGAAUGCUCAAAGGGAAGUUCUAGGGGUAGGUCUAGUGCACGUUCUAGGGGUGGCUCUAGUGGACGUUCUAGGGGUGGGUCUAGUGCACGUUCUAGGGGUGGCUCUAGUGCAUGUUCUAGGGGUGGCUCUAGUGUAUGUUCUAGGGGUGGCUCUAGUGGACGUUCUAGGGGUGGCUCUAGUGGACGUUCUAGGGGUGGCUCUAGUGGACGUUCUAGGGGUGGCUCUAGUGGAUGUCCUAGGGGUGGCUCUAGUGGACGUUCUAGGAGUGGCUCUAGUGGAUGUUCUAGGGGUGGCUCUAGUGGACGUUCUAGGAGUGGCUCUAGUGGACGUUCUAGGGGUGGCUCUAGUGGACGUUCUAGGGGUGGCUCUAGUCGACGUUCUAGGGGUGGCUCUAGUGGACGUUCUAGGGGUGGCUCUAGUGGAUGUUCUAGGGGUGGCUCUAGUGGAAGUUCUAGCGUCCAUUUCAGCAGGUCUCCCAGGCUGGACUUCCAGGCUAAGCAUGUCAACCCUUUUCAAUCUAUGACCAACAGUUCUACAGACAUUCAGAACGCCAACAUCACUCCAACUGUUCCUAUGGUCAACAACAAACACAGUGAAACAACAUCAGGACAUACAACUGGUCCUGCGAGAUAUUCUACAUCACUUGUUUUUACAGAUUUCCCUUCCACGGGAGGUACAGAAUCUGGUGUUGUUGACCUAAAAGCAGCCCAGGUAACACAUGCAGACACCCAUGGUAUACUAGGACCUAGUGUUCCUUCCCAAGCCAUAACACAACAUACAGAUCAUCUUCCUGGCAAUGCUGCUCUGGUUUCUCACACACAGACCUCUACCACCCCUGAACAGCAACAUGCUUCCUCUCCUUCUCUCACUGACACCCCUCAGGAAAAACCUCAUAAACAUAAGAUCUCGCUCAAGGAAAUACAGCACUGGCCCCAGAGUGUUUUAAGAUCUAAAAAUGGACCUGUAAAUGGGAAUAACUCAACACAAGACCCCUCUCAGUCCCUACAAUUCAGCACAGAGAAGAUGUAUGUUUUACAAGCAGGCAAAACACAACUACAUCUAAACACCAAAGACUACCAGGCGAGGCCCCCUGAGAGGUUUAGUGAUGAGGACUCCGCUAUACGGCUGGAGAUUAAGUCCAACCCCAGGUACAUGACCCUGACGGCAGUCGCUACCGCUCCGCCGCCCCCCGUGGCUAUCGUCCCGCCAAUGGGUCCACAGCAGUCCCCAGAGCCCAUGGAGACAGAGAAUGCAGGCAAUGAGCUGCCAUUUAAGAUUUUACAGGCCUGGUCCAUCAACGAAAAACAGGCAGAAAACCUGUGGGAAAGAGCUAAAGAUGAUGCAAGUUCUCUCUCUGUCCUAAAUGAGAUGGUUCAAGUUGAGAGUCUUCUGGAGUGUGAUAAACCUGUAGAUGCAUCUGCAAUAAGUUCAAUGGCAUCUACAGGAGAGGACAAUGAUGAGGUCCUUCAGGUCAUCACACAAAUGGACAAGAGAUCACCUUCACCAUUUGUCCACACCAACCCUCAGGCAACUGAUAUUGUAUGCAUCGGUGGUGCCCAGAUAAUCGUGGAAGGUAGCUCUAAUGUUGCAGAUGAGAACACUCUUGAUUUGUCCACAAUUGCUGAAGUUCAGUUCAAGUUAUGUGCGCUGCAGCAACUGGAUACUUAUCUGGAGAGUGCGACAACAGUCACAGAGGCAGAGGAUGGUUGUCUCGAGGCCAUAUUGGAGUUGUAUCGGGGAGGGGAUACCUCUGACCUGGUAGAGGCUUUAAAAGAUCAAAUGGAUGAGAAAAUCAUGCAGGAUGUGUCUGCCUGGGCCGCAGAGGAUGAGAAGGCAGUGGUUCUCUUUGCAGUCAGUGGUAUAUCACUAGGGGAAGUGCUCGAGAAGUUUCCCAUUCCAGUACAUGUUGACACCUCUUCCCAAGUGGGUUACAGGUCGUCAUGGUUAAAUGUCAACGAGAAGCUGAAUGACAUUGACAAAGAUUCUGGAAGAGCUUGGUCUCUGUGGUUCAUACCAGAUAAAGCAGAGGACAGUUCCAAAGUGGUUGGGGGUGUCCAGAUGGAUGACACCUUCCACAGCAAGAUGGAGACUGUGGAAUUUCCUGCAGAAGCAAUAGACUCAGACCUCACAACAAACACACACCUCACGAUGGACGUAGACCCCCCAACAAACACAGACCUCCCAACAAACGCAGACUUAGAGACAGAACCCCUUUCCCCAAUGAUUUUGACCGUCCUCACACCAGAGGACGCUGUGAAACUGCUUGCUGAAACAGAGGCACCAGACACAGACCUCAAAACGGUCGUAGACCUCACAACAGACUCGGACACAGAACCCCUUUCCCCAAUGAAUUUGACCAUCCUGAGAUCUGAGGAUGCCAUGAGACUGUUUUGCCAGAUCGAGAAUGGCUCUGACCUCCAAUUCGCGUCCCCUGAAUCCUGCUCUAAAAACAAAGAUAAGACACAGACAAACCAACUAGAGAAUAUAGAAAGUGGCAGCUUAGAUAAGUCCUGCUACUGUCCUUGUGGUAUUGAAACUGACAAUGGGUUUGAAAUGGGCCUAUGCUCCAGUUGUCAGAGAGAGAAAGGAUUGCAGCAAGAUACAAGAUGCAUAACAAUCGCUCACUGCUUUACCAUGUCACAUAGAAAUGAUCAGGAGACAGAGGUCCCUAAGGACUCUGGGGGGAAGGUGACUGCUGUUGACAAUCAAUGCAGGGACAAGAAGCAGACACAUUCAACUGAAGAAGAGGGUGAUGACAAUAAGACACAGGGUGAAAUGCAGCAAUGGACAGGCGUCAUACCGAUCAUUGACUUUUUUUUCUGGUCAGAUACAAGUGAGGAUUCUGAUCAGGAGACAGAGGAGAGCUAUAAUGAACAACAUGCUCAGAUUGAGGCUCAUGCUUCUAGUGUUAAAAGGACAGAGCCUGAAACUGAUGCCAAAGCACCAUGUGAGUCAGCCCAAGAACGUACGACCCAAAGCAAAGUCAGUCCUGGUUCCGAGGAUAGGGAAAGAUGGCAAGAGAAGGACCAAGACUGCAGGAUGACUACAUUACCACUUCCCAAGGUUGAAAACCCCUCUAAGUUAAGAGCUAACAUCAUAGCAGACAACUGGUUUUCACCUAUAGAGGACUGUGGUUCACCUGUAGAAAAGUAUGACAAAGUUGCUGACUUUGUCACCCAAUACAAAACCUGCAAGUCAAAGCAAAAAGGACAUAAAAAAAUGGAAAAGGAGAAGUCCCUCCAUCCAACGUCAUCUGACAGGCAAAGUUACAAGAAAAGCCAUGGGAGAGCAGAGAGGGGAAGGACACCAUCCCAAACCACUAAGUGCUAUGGGUUGAAGGCAACUGUGGAUAAUCAAUGCAGGGACAUGAAGCCACAUGCACCACACAAGACGAGACAUUCAACUGAGAGUGAUGGAAAUCGAUGUAAAGACAAGAAGAGGGGAUCAUCAACUGUGAAAGCGUGUGAAGGCUGUCAAUCCAGGGACAAGAAGCCACCGAAGAGGAGACAUUCAACUGAGAAAGAGAGAGAGGAUAAUCAAAGUAGGGACAAGAUGUCACAGAAGAGAAGAUAUUCAACUGAAACUGACGGCAGGAACUCAAACUCCAAAGAGUUACAGUGCCAGUUGGUGGACAUAGAGAGGAGCAGUGGAAGCUCACUCCCGUGCCCUGGGGUGAAAACCCUCCAUGUGCAGGGAUCCUCAAAUACCACCGUUCCUCUCAAAAUCUCCAUAAACAUCCCCAAAAAGCCUUCCAUAAACGCCUCACCCUCAAAACAUGCAGAGGAAAUCCUCAAAAUCCCGAAGACUAAAGCCCAGAACAAAACUAACAGACACUGCUCCCUUGCAAAGUCGGUGUCUCCUGUUGUCAAAGAGAGGCAGAGGAAUGGCGGCAAACAAAAGCAAACAAUUCAAUGCUUAAAAAUCAGAUUGGAAAAGCUGUCCUUACCCCAAAAUCUUGUCAGGAAAGGUUCUCCACCAAGCCGGAAGAGGGAGGAAGGUUCUCCACCAAGGCAGAAGAGGGUGGCAGAUAGAGGAGAGCCUGAGGGUUUAGGGGUAAAUGUUUCUAGGCAUCCUGACUUGUCCAAGAAACUAAAACGUAAGGCACAGAGCGACUUGAAAUCCCAACAGAAUUUGACAAAGAUUCCGAAGAUGUUGAAUGGAGUGUUUUCAAAAAGUGAGUGUAAGAAUGACUCGCCGCCAAGGAUUCUGAAGCUUCCAAGGACUCCAGAGGUUUCAAAGGAUUUGCAUGAGAGAGAGAACAGGAAAGAGCCAUCUCCCAGUGCUUCCCCUGAAUCACAAAUGCUGGACAAACCUGCAAGAGUGGCACACAAGCCCAAAUAUUUUAUCAAACCUGCCAGUCCCAGUUGUUACAGCCCAGGUAGUCAUGCUUGCCCUAAUACGGCCAUGGUUUCACCGUCACAUAGCAACGUAGAUUUUUGUGAAAAAGUCUCUGCGAGGCAACAGGUGUUCUCAGAUUGGGAGAGCAGCUUUGUCCCGACUCCAACCCCCCGGACUUGCAGGCGAUCAGGGUGUCCUCCAGAGGAAGUGGAAGGUCAACAGGCCAGUCGCAGGUCCAGCUCGGAGACCAGGAUCAUCCGACCCAUUCUAAAACGUGUCGAUGCUCCGCCAAAACCCAAGCGGAACAUCAGCUUUCCUUUGAAUCCAAGGAACGUGCACUACUUCAAGCCCUGUGAAUAUGAAAAUUACGUCAUGUUCAACAGGUCUUACACAGAUCCGGAAGAUGCACAGCGCUCUGAUGAUGAAGAGGAAGAUGCUUCUGUGAACUGCCAGAACAAGAAGAAACAGCCCCCCGUUAUGGAAGCGAAGCAGCAAGAUAUAGGGGAGCUGAAGCCUGGACCAAGCGGUUUAUGUGAAAAGCGCUUCAAAAGGAAGUGGGAAAUGCAGGAGCCUGCUGCCAUUUUGAUGAAGGAGAGCAUUGUUCAGGCAAAGCAUUGGACGAAGUCUCUCCAUCGUGAUCCUCCAAAAGAAUUCAGACACUCAGCAAAAAUAACUGGAGUUGGUUACAAGUGGUCCGAGAAGCAGAAGAAGAGGCCAAAUGAAAUUGAAGAAAAAUCUCAGACCUAGACUGACUGACUGUUGGGUUCUGAUUGGAAUCAUCUAGAUGAAAGGGUUCCUCUCUGAAUGCAAGCCCCCUUCACGGUCACCAUCCAGGUUCCUCUCAGAAUGCAAGUCACGGUCACCAUCCAGGUUCCUCUCAAAAUGCAAGUCACGGUCACCAUCCAGGUUCCUCUCAGAAUGCAAGUCCCCGUCACGGUCACUGUCCACGUUCCGCUCAGAAUGCAAGUCACGGUCACCAUCUAGGUUCUUCUCAGAAUGUAAGUCCUUGUCACGGUCACUGUUCACGUUCCUCUCAGAAUGCAAGUCACGGUCACCAUCCAGGUUCCUCUCAGAAUGUAAGUCCCCGUCACGGUCACUGUUCACGUUCCUCUCAGAAUGUAAGUCCCCGUCACGGUCACUGUUCACGUUCCACUCAGAAUGUAAGUCCUCGUCACGGUCACCAUCCAGGUUCCUCUCAGAAUGCAAGUCCCCGUCACGGUCACUGUCCACGUUCCUCUCAGAAUGUAAGCCCCCUCGUGGUCACCAUUCAUCCUCCGGCCAGGGGAGAAGAGUUAAGCCAACAGCCAGGCACCAUAGCUCUCCCAUGGAUGAAUGGAACAAGCGGUGGUCGGGAGAGACGUGAUUCGUAAGCAUAUCAGUCGGACAUGACAGGAUACACCAGACAGAACAGUAGUUGAUGUCAACCUGCAAAGACAAUACUUUUACCUCAAACCUGACAUCGUGCCUAUGCUGUUCUUUAAAAAAAAAAACUUGAAACCCUACAUAUUUAGGCUACAUUAUGCAGUUUACUUCUCUACAUGUUUUCAUCUGUUUUUAAAUGAAUAAAUGACUGAUUUCUCUCCCUAAUUAAUAGGUUCGGUUAGCUGUGGUUGAAGUCAGAAGUGUGUAUUAUAUAGUAUGUACAUGUGUUAUUGUUACUCUUGACACCUAACGGUGAUUGGUGUUUGGUUACCUGUAUUCCUAUAGUAUUGUUUGCCUACAUUGUUAGGACACCAUCAUAGUGAUGGUAUCGGACAUUGUUUGUUUACAGUGUUUUCUAUUGCAACCAGAACCAAAACUUAAGGGAAGAAACCCGACAACUUUUUGUUGUUGUUGUAAUAUGUUAUUUUUUUAACGCUGGUGGUAAAGUGGGUAAAUGUAUCAUGGAUAUCGACAUUAAAUGAUGUUUGAAAGACAUUAUGUCGCUUUUUUUGAUGUGAUUUCUUGCACUGGUUUAUAGUUUUGUGGCCAUAGAUGAUGUUUCGGGUAUUGAGGAAUGUAUGUAGUUUACAGGUCACUGGUUUCAUACUACGUCCUAAAGUUGUCAAUCCCAUGUUUUGUUUUUAAUAUUUGUCAAUUUUUGUCCGUUUUGAUGCUGUAUUGUUUUUUUUAUGUACACCUCUGUUUACUGUAUUGUUAUGGCACUGAAAUAAUAUAAAUAUAGAAAAUAU